AUGGCGCCAGAUAUGCCAAUACCGGCUCUGCGCCUUUAUAUUGUGACCUUCAAUUGCGGACUAUUACCCAUUAAUACGGAAGCCUUUGCAUCCCAACUUUUCUCCGGCCUCACCUCCUCCAAACUCCCCGACGUCCUUGUUCUCUCCCUCCAGGAAAUCGCACCGAUACCCCAGUCUCUAAUAGGAGGGUCUUUUCUAAUACCGUUUUUCGAAAGGAUAUAUCAUGCUGUGCAAAAGGGUGCGAGGAAGGUUUCGAAUGCGACGGAUGGGCCACCAAUAUACAGCCCAGUGUCCACUCGAAAUCUGGGGUUGACAGGAAUAAUGGUUUUCACUAAGCGCCCUGAAGCUAUAAGUGAUAUUGAGACCGCUAGCGUUGGAGUAGGGAUGGCAGAAAUGGGUAAUAAAGGCGCCGUUGGUGUCCGAUUUACUUACCAGGACAGUGGAUCUUCAACAGAGUUGACAUUCGUCGCCGCACAUCUAGCUGCUAUGGAGAGCGAGGUGCGCCGAAGGAACGAAGACUGGGAGAAUAUUGUUCGUGGCCUUGUAUUCUCAUCUACCACAGCAGAAAGCAAACAAAACGCAAGGGCAAUCUCUGAUGAGGGACUACCGCUCCUCUCAAUCUCGCCUAGAGAUGCAUCAAUUUUCAAACCUACUUCCCACCUCUUCCUAGCUGGUGAUCUGAACUAUCGCACUUCGAAGCUAGCACCAGCCCCUUCAGAUCAUAAUGAUAGCUUCCCUCAACCGUACCACAGUCCUCUUUCGCCCAAUCAUUUCUCAAACCUCUUCAAGGACGACCAGCUGAACCAAGAACGCCUCGCGGGUAGAACCUGUCAUGGGCUCACGGAAGCAGCGGUCACAUUUCCUCCCACUUAUAAAUAUAGUAUCAAAGAGCCGUUUCUCACAUCAGAUGAAGAUCUGGCUCACUGGAAUUGGGCUCAACAUCGAUGGCCUAGUUGGUGCGAUCGGAUCCUCUACUUAGAUAUUCCUUCAUGGCUAUCUCGUGUCGAGCCACAAGCAAAACUCAUCACACAUAAAUACUCCGCCUUGCCUUUGCAGCCUACAUCAGACCAUCGGCCUGUAUCUCUCGAGGUUUCAGUUCCCUUAGUACCUAUACCAAGUCCUGAUGACGAAGACGGAGAUGAUCCCCGAGUAAAUCCACCUUUCGAUAUCAACAUCAAUUGGAAGAGGCAGCGAGACCGUGCGAGAAUAUUGGAGAUAAUAGUAGGAUUUUCAAUGUAUUUCACAACGACAUGGGAAGGGGGAGGUGUUUUGAUUGCAAUGAUUGCUGGUGCUGUUGGCUCGUACUUUGCUUUCAGAGCGAUGCUGGAUGUUUGA